GCCGACGAGUGCGCGCGAGUCUCGCCGUCGGGUUUGUCGGCACUCGAAGUCGUGGUAGACUUCCGUCGCGAGUCCGACGUCAGGAAAGUCAUUGACACCACUAUUGAAGCCUACGGACAGUUAGAUGUAUUGGUCAACUGCGCCGGGUAUAUGGUUAUGGCUAAUAUAAUGGACCCGGAUUAUAUUGAGAAGCAAAAGUCUAUGUUUGACGUGAAUCUCAAUGCAGUCAUACUGUUGACACAGUUAGCGGUCAAACAUUUGGCAAAAACUAAUGGCAAUAUGAUUAGCAUAUCGAGUGUUGGGGCCAUUAAAUCGGGUCUAGGUGUCUCGUCUUAUAGUAUGUCAAAGUGUGCCAUUAAUAUGUUCACUAAAUGUAUGGCAGUGGAGUUGGCACCCAAAAAGAUCCGGGUCAAUGCCGUAUGCCUUGGUGCAAUUCAUACGCCCAGUUUUGAGUCAUUAAGUAAUAUGACCAGGGACGAGCUCAAGGCAUUUAAGCAACGUUUGGCGGUUAAGUACCCGAUUGGUCGUAUCGGUGAACCAUCGGACGUGGCCAAUGCCGUAGCACACCUGGCCAGCAUGUCGGACGACGAGGCCAGUCGUAUGGCGUCCCUAACCCGGACACUCGAGUUCAGCAAAGAGGGCGCUGUCUAUGCGAUUAAAAUGAUCGAGAAAGACAGGUAUCUUGUCAAUAAGUUCCAGUUGGGAAUGGAGUGUGUUUUUCGCCAUUUCAACAACAAUACUACCAAGAGUAUUUAG